CACAAUGGUCACUCUGUGACUAGUAUCUUCCGUUUCCUUCACUCUUCUCACUACCGCCGCUCCUUCUUCCUCCAUUUUCGUCAAAUUGACCUUGACGCCCAUCUCUUCAAAGCGCAUGGCGCACUCAAUUGCUCGCGCCACUCUUGGCCUCACCCAGCCCAACAAGAUCGACCCUCCAAAGAUCUCAUUUGCUGCAAAAGAUGCUGAUUUGGUAGAAUGGAAGGGGGAUUUACUAGCUGUGGGUGUCACAGAGAAGGACUUAGUUCGAGACGACAACUCCAAGUUCAAGAACUUACUUCUUCAGAAACUAGAUUCCAAAUUACAAGGAUUGUUGUCUGAAGCUUCGGCCGAGGAAGAGUUCACCGGAAAGACUGGACAGUCGACUGUUCUUCGACUUCCCGGUCUUGGUGCCAAGAGAGUUGGCUUGAUUGGACUCGGCUCAGGUGCAUCAGCAACAUCAACGUAUCGCAGCCUUGGCGAGGCCACUGCUGCGGCCGCCAAGUCUGCUCGCUCGACCAGUGUUGCCAUUACUCUUGCUUCCCCUGAAGGGAUCCCUGCAGAAUUGAAGCUCACCACUGCUUCAGCUAUAGCAUCAGGAGCUGUGUUGGGCACCUUCGAUGAUAUUAGGUUCAAGUCGGAGCCAAAGCAGGCGACUCUCAAGUCGGUGGAUAUCAUUGGUCUUGGUACCGGGCCUGAGAUUGAAAAGAAACUCAAAUAUGCCGGAGAUGUUUGUUCCGGCGUCAUCUUAGGGAAGCAACUUGUAAAUGCUCCAGCUAAUGUUCUUACUCCAGGAGUGCUUGCCGGGGAAGCCGAGAAGAUUGCUUCUGAGUACAGUGAUGUAUUGUCUGCAAAGAUAUUGAAUUUGGAGCAAUGCAUAGAGUUGAAAAUGGGUUCCUACUUAGGUGUUGCUGCAGCAUCGAAUAAUCCUCCUCACUUCAUCCAUUUAUGCUACAAGCCACCAAAUGGAGAAGUAAAAAACAAGCUGGCCUUAGUUGGAAAAGGCUUGACCUUUGACAGUGGGGGCUACAACAUCAAGACUGGACCCGGUUGUUCCAUCGAACUCAUGAAAGUUGACAUGGGAGGUGCAGCAGCAGUACUUGGUGCAGCAAAAGCUCUUGGCCAAAUCAAGCCUGCCGGAGUAGAGGUUCACUUCAUAGUUGCUGCUUGUGAGAAUAUGAUAAGUGGAACAGGUAUGAGACCCGGAGACAUCAUCACAGCCUCAAAUGGAAAGACAAUUGAGGUAAACAAUACAGAUGCAGAAGGCAGACUUACACUUGCAGAUGCUUUGGUGUAUGCUUGUAAUCAAGGAGUUGAGAAGAUCGUUGAUCUUGCUACACUGACAGGGGCCUGUGUGGUUGCUCUGGGACCUUCUAUUGCUGGUGUAUUUACUCCUAGUGAUGAGUUGGCGAAAGAGGUAGUAGGCGCCUCAGAGGCUGGUGGGGAAAAACUUUGGAGAAUGCCUUUGGAAGAAAGCUAUUGGGAAUCUAUGAAAUCAGGUGUGGCUGAUAUGGUAAAUACUGGUGGCCGCCAAGGCGGGUCCAUCACUGCAGCUCUCUUCUUGAAGCAGUUUGUUGACGAGAAAGUGCAGUGGAUGCAUAUAGACAUGGCUGGGCCUGUUUAUAGCGACAAAAAGAAGGGGGCGACCGGGUUUGGCAUAUCCACACUGGUCGAGUGGGUGCUGAAGAACUCGUCCUAGGAGGCGACUGAGUAAUGACAGAUGAAUAUUGGGGUAUUUAGCAUGCCUUAGCAUGUGUAAUAAAGGAUGUGUGGGAAAUGUGGCUGGGGGUUGUUUUUCAUGGACGUAACUCCUUUUCUUGCCUAAUUUUAAGUGGUUUCUUGUUCAAUCUGAUUUUACGCGAGCUGGUUUUUGUUCUCUACAACGCUCUAUAGGUUUGGUCGGGCGUAGUAUCUAUCGUCUAUUUUGCACAACUUCCUAUCAUGUGUGUGAAUGAGAUUAAUUGAGUAAUGAAAUGGUGGCUUGUAAUCUGAUUGAUGAUAAUUUGUUAAUGAAUUUGCAACAUAGAGUUGGCAGAA